AUGAGCGGGCUCCGAGCGCCCGGCGUGCGGCCGGUGCUGACCUGCCUGCUCCUGCUGGGGCUGCUCCUGCCCGCCGCCGCCGCGGGCGCGGGGUGCGAGCUGGAGGCUGCGGACGGCGGCGGCGGCCGGCGGGGAGGACGGGGCGGCGCGGCCGGCUCUGCGGCGGAGCCGGUGACAGAUCCCUGCAGUUCACUGAGCCCCCCGUGCUUUACUGAGGAGGACCGGUUCAGCCUGGAAGCUCUCCGCAUGAUCCAUAAGCAGAUGGAUGAUGACAAAGAUGGUGGAAUCGAAGUAGAUGAAAGUGAUGAGUUUCUAAGGGAAGAUAUGCAAUACAAGGAUGCCUCAAAUAAACAUAGUCACCUGCACAGAGAAGACAAGCAUAUCACCAUUGAGGAUCUGUGGAAACGCUGGAAAACAUCUGAAGUUCAUAACUGGACUCAAGAGGACACUCUUCAGUGGCUCUCAGAUUUUGUUGAAUUGCCCCAAUAUGAAAAGAAUUUUAGAGACAGCAAUGUCAAUGGAACAACACUUCCCAGGAUAGCAGUGAAUGAACAUGCUUUCAUGAUCUCUCACUUGAAAAUAAUUGACCGGAGUCAUAGACAGAAGCUUCAGCUUAAAGCCUUGGAUGUUGUUUUAUUUGGACCUCUCACUCGUCCCCCUCACAACUGGAUGAAGGAUUUUAUAUUAACAGUUUCUAUAGUUAUUGGUUUUGGAGGCUGCUGGUUUGCAUAUACACAGAACAGAACCUCAAGAGAACAUAUCACAAAAAUGAUGAAGGACUUAGAAAGUCUCCAAACAGCAGAGCAAAGUCUUCUUGACUUGCAGGAAAGGCUUGAAAAGGCACAAGAAGAGAAUAGAAACGUUGCUGUUGAAAAGCAAAAUCUGGAGCGCAAAAUGAUGGAUGAGAUCAAUGAUGCAAAACGUGAAGCUCAUCGCCUCAGGGAACUGAGAGAGGGAGCUGAAUGUGAGCUCAGCAGGCUCAAAUAUGCAGAGGAAGAGUUAGUACAGGUUCGUAUGGCUUUAAAAAAGGCUGAGAAGGAGUUUGAGUUGAGAAGUAAUUGGUCUGUUCCUGAGGCUUUGCAGAAGUGGCUUCAGUUAACACACGAAGUUGAAGUACAAUAUUACAAUAUCAAAAGACAGCAUGCAGAAAUGCAAUUAGCAAUUGCUAAAGAUGAGGCAGAAAAGAUAAAAAAGAAGAGAAGCACUGUAUUUGGAACAUUACAUGUUGCACACAGCUCCUCCCUGGAUGAAGUGGACCAUAAAAUUCUUGAAGCAAAGAAAGCACUCUCUGAGUUGACGACGUGUUUGCGGGAGCGUCUUUAUCGAUGGCAGCAGAUUGAGAAGAUUUGUGGGUUUCAAAUCGCACACAAUUCUGGGCUACCAAGCUUGACCUCCUCUCUCUACUCUGAUCACAGCUGGGUAGUUAUGCCUCGAGUUUCCAUUCCUCCCUACCCAAUUGCAGGGGGAGUUGAUGACUUAGAUGAAGACACUCCUCCAAUAGUUUCACAGUUUCAUGGGUCCAUUGUAAAAGCUCCCAGCACUCUGGCAAGAAGCAGUAGCUUGUGUAGAUCAAGACGCAGUGUUGUGCCAUCAUCUCCACAGUCUCAGCACGCUCUGCACUCCCCUGACCCUGACAUCCUCUCUGUGUCGAGCUGCCCAGCUCUCUAUCGAACUGAAGAGGAGGAGGAAGCCAUUUACUUCUCUGCUGAUAAACAAUGGGAAGUACAGGAAACAGGUUCGGAAUGUGACUCCUUAAAUUCAUCCAUUGGAAGAAAACAGUCUCCUCCAGCAAGUCUUGAGAUGUACCAGACAAUUUCUCCUCAGAAAGUAUCACCAGAAGAAUUCUCACUUGAGGAAUCAUCUACAGGAGACUCCUCCUCUCUGACUGCAGAUGUUUCUAGGGGCUCUCCUGACUGUGUAGGCAUGGCAGAAACUAAGAGCAUGAUCUUUAGUCCUGCAAGCAAAGUUUAUAAUGGAAUCCUGGAGAAGUCUUGCAGCAUGAACCAGCUUUCAACUGGGAUCCCAGUCCCAAAGCCUCGUCACACCUCGUGUUCCUCGACCGGCAGUGAUAGCAAACCCAGCCAUGAAGCUGCUUCUGUCCCCAGGAUAAGCAGCAUCCCACAGGACCUCUACCAGAAUGGUGAAAAAAAUAAAAAGCCAUCAAAAAUAAAAAACCUCUUUAAGAAGAAGUGUAAGUGAGGUGGGCAGAAGAAAACCUAUAGUAAUAUUAUAAGAACUCUAUUUUUUAAAUCUUUAGGAAUGUAAUUCCUUUUGAGCAUCCCAGAGUGGAUGCCCUAAUGGAAUACUCUGUAGGUCACCUAUAUUUAAUGACUGUACUGUCAACGGUUGUGCCAGCUGUCAAUGAGAAAUCAUUAAAACGUUCAGACAGUUUA